AUGUCUCUCUCGACCGAAUCGACGCGCCCGCUGCUGCUUCCGCAGAACCGACGAUUGCGGCAUGUUCAGGGGAUAUACUUGCGAAACUUGAGCUUUGCUCGCGCACAGGGAAAAACUACCGACGACUUGGAACUGAACAAAGACUCGUCUGGAAAGCUUGACGAAAUCAAGAGGACCGCUCACCUUCACCAUGCCGCGUCCACCGAGUCUUUACGACAGAGACCCGGGAAAGCUCGACGCCGUAGCACCACAUUCGCGAGCAAGAGUCCAAUCACGCGGCAGAAACAACUGGAGCUCGCUGUCGAAAGUAGAGCUGCAGAUGUGUUUUUCUCGUUGCACGUUGCAGAUGAAGAUGAGCCAGUGUAUAUAAGCGAGGCCGGAGAACGUUCUAUGAAUUUCGAUUUCCGCUUCUUCGAUCUCUCACAAGCCGAUCCGUUCAUCUCGCGCUCUUCGCAGCUGGUGGUUAAAAUUUGGGCAAAGCGCCUGCAGGAAUGGAGCUUCCUACUGGAAGAGACAGUAGACCUACGACACCUCAACUUCCUUGGUACCCUGCGCAAUCAACAUUUUCCGCCCAAUUGCAUUGUGUUCCACCUCAUUGAUGGCGUUUAUACUCUUGACCUACCGGGCAAGUUUGUGGGUCCUAGACGCGCCCCGAUCCUACCUACUUCAUCGUACAAUGCGCUCAUGAAGCUCUCCAAUCUUGAUGCCUCGAUCCAAGAUGCCAUCGCAACACGCGACAGCAUCACUGACCAAAUCAACAAGAUACUCGAGCGAGCACCCACUAACACGGUACCACAAGCUGAACAAAAUGCCAUUUUGGCCAAGAAGUAUGUCUCAGCGCAGCAACGCGCCGUCAAGGCUGCUGAAGCACAUCGCGAUCAACUGAAGCUCUCCAUCGCAGCUCGACGUGCUGCCAUAGCUGAAGGGCGUGAAGCACAGAAAAGGGCAGCUGAAGAUGUCGAGCACGCCUCAAACAGGCUCCCUGCCUCUCGAGAGGCCGUGGCCAGUAUACGCGACCAGAUUCGGGGCCAACGGCGGCGAAUAUGCGAAGAUCUCGAGCGAAUAUUUCCUAUCACGCCGUCUCCCACGGGCGUCGUACUAUCUUUCCAAAUAUGCGGUAUCACUCUGCCGAAUAUCGACUAUGAUCCGACAGCGGGACGCGCUGUCGAGGAUGCGUUGUCGGCUGGAUUGGGAUACGUGGCGCAACUGACAAAUGCCCUGCAAUACUAUCUCGGUGUCCCUCUUCCAUACACAAUCACAACGUUUGGGAGUCGCAGUAGCAUCAGAGACGACAUAUCGCAAAUCCCCGAUACCCAGCGGACGUUCCCCCUGUUCUUACGCGGUGGCGCAACAGCGCAGUACCGGUUUGAUUAUGGGUGGUUCUUGUUGAACAAGGACAUUGAAGCACUCUGUGCGUCUGCGGGUCUGAAAGUGGUUGAUAUACGUCAUACCCUUCCGAACCUGAAGUAUCUGCUUUACGUUUGCAGCGCAGGCACCGAUGAAUUGCCGGAGCGCAAGCGAGGUGGUGUCCGUGGUCUCUGGGCUGGGAAGUUGAAGAGCCGUGUAGGCAGCUCAAUCACGGGCAUUGACGACGGGGCGAGCAGUACUGGAGGCAGCCGCAGAGGCAGUGCCGAUAGCGAGGUAUUAUCACGGCAAAGAGAUGAGUUGCGGCGAGCCAUUGGCGCCAAGUCUAACGGUGAUGGCAACCACGGUGCUACUUCUGUGCCUAGUCCCAAGCUGCCCUUCCAAGAUGGCAAGACGCUCUCGUUACGAACCAAAGGUCUCCGAGAGAAUAUCUUUAACUAG